CAGCUCGCCGAGUGACUUUACCGCGUGUGCUGGCGCGACCGGAGCUGCCGGAGCUGCCGGGGUCCGACCGCAUGAGCGCCAGAGUCCUCAGCAGACAGCCAGCCAGCCAGCCAGCCAGCCCGAGAGACCGCGGGCGUGCAAAAACACACUCAGAGGUUGUGGUUGCAUUUUUGAACUUUAAUGGACACUCCCGCGUCUCCAAAACUCGCCGUGAAUUCGCGGUGUAGCCGGGAAUGCGGGGAGAGCGACGCGGCAUCCCGUCGCUGACAGAGGGGCCACUUGUACCGGCGUCACAACUGUGCCAAGAGACAGGGGGUCUUUGAGAGCGACCGGAGCGGACCCGCGCGGCAUACCAAUCAGCGUCCCGGAGCGCGGAGCGCACCGGCGAUCAACGGCAUUGUCUGUAAGGUGCGUGCGUCCGCCUGGGUGUGCGCGUCUGUGUGUGGAGCAGAGAGGAGCAAUGGCACUUUUCCCGUAUGAAGAAGGGAAGACGGCAACAGUCACCAGCAAACAAAUGUAAAAAAAAAAAAAAAACAACCCAAAAAAACAAACCCCGGUUCCCUUCGCCUUGCUACACGGGCGCGCACCGGCAAAGAGGCGCAGGACCCGCAGGAUCAUCGAUUUAGCACUUUGUGAUUUUGCGCUGCGCAUCUGACAAGAGCAGAAGAGGGAGCGGUGGCCAGCGGGAUUGAGGGGCUUCACCUGAAACCAAAUACUAGAAUUUAUUCAGCCAUGAUCGCCGGGAUCUUCUUUUCCCUCGUUUGUUCUGCGGCAUUUUUCGCUGGGCUGCAGUGCGCCUCGCCGAGGACCACGGCCAGGAUGGAUCUCCCCACCGCCGGCUUCAGCAACACCAGCGGCGGCGGCGGUAACAGUGGGGAAACUGGAGGCAAAAGGGACUUGAACCAAACCAUAAACUCCAGGCUCAAGAGGAAAACCCUCGCUGUGGAUUUUGCGGUCCCCUCUCUAUUGCGCUAUUACUUGGCGGAGUUCAUAAAGAGACCGCUGAACGGCGAUUGCCAGACUUUCAGCGGGUGUUACACGGUGCGCGCAAACUUGAAGAUGCACUGCAUGCCUUUGCAGAAAACCCUAUCUACUUUUGUGGACCCCAAGGCUGCCACGGAUUCAGCACUGCGGAACACGUCUUUCGAUGGACAGCUCCCCUUCUUCCACAAGCGGCCGCUGUCCAAAGUCCUGAAACUGGGCUUGACGAAAGCCAGCAGGAAGUCGAACCAGGUGGUGGUGGAAAUCGGAGAGGAUAUAGUCAGGACGGGAUGCGGAGGGCUGUCCGUGUACGAGGAGGCCCCGGCGUUCACGCUGGAAAUGGACCUCACAACUAUUCUGGAGUGGUGGCUUGGCGCAGACGGGGGCCGCCUCAGGGUCCGGCUCAUGCCCGAGAAAAAGGCCCAGGUGCCCGGGAUCGAGGAUCGAUACACCGCGGCCAUACGCGCUGCAGACCCCCGCCUCUUCCUCCAGAUAUCCUCCCGGGGUGAACCUUUGGCCGGCAGGACUACUGCUGGCAGUCCUCGAGGACACUGGAGCUUCUCCUGGGUGGCUGAAGAUGACCUGAGCUUUCCCAACAACUCUGUGUCCAUGUCAGAUCACCAAUGCCCUGGCGAUAGCGGAACUUGUGACCAGCAGGUGGACGGCUUCCCAGAGUUUACAUGGAGCAUAGUGGCUGCCGGGGACCUGCGGGAAGAACGGAAUGAGAAAACUGAAAAGAAGACGGGAAGUCCCCAGGGUUGGGAGGAAGGUAAGAACGAAGGUCAGUUCUUCUGGGUGAACAAUUCAGCCUUUGGGGGUCCCUGGGUGCUGAGUCCUUGGCUGUGGGGAGGGCAAGUUCCCUGUAGCCUGGACAUGGCCAUGUUCCUCCACCCCAGGCAGAGUGGGCAGUACACCAUCAGGCUCAUAGAGCGGGACAAACCGCCACUGGACGUCUUCUCCACUGACACCCUCCCACGCAUCACAGGCUGGGCAGUGGUCCACCUCACCCUGGGCACCCACGGCGGAUCGCCUUUUCGCGUCUCGGCCAGCUACGAUCAGCGGAUCCCACAGGACGACACGGCCACCAUCGAGCCCCACUUCACCACCAACUGCACCAUGGCGUCCUCACCCGGCCCGAACAUCACACUGGAGGGUCGGUACCACUGUCACCAGGGACCUGGGAUCCCACUGGACAAACUCUGUGACUUUAGUACAGACUGUCCUCUCGGCGACGACGAAGGCGACUUAUGUCGCCACUUUCUCAAUGGCAGCUACUGCUCCUUUGAAGAAGGCGAGUGCAGUUGGCAGCCGGUAAUGGGUCGUGGUCUCUCCUGGAGAAGAAUCCAGUCUCCAGUCAAGGCUACCAGACAGAGCUGCCCGUCAUCAGGGGCUACAUUCAGUGUGGAGGGAGGCCAGGCCAAAGGCCAGCGUGGCUCAGCACUACUGAGGAGCCCUCUCUUCCCCCCUCCUCUCAGAAACGCCCCAUGCUCGGUGCGCUUCUUGCUGUGUUCUGGAGGCUUACAGAAGGGGUCGCUGUCUCUGUGGAUAGUGGAGAACAGUACAGGCCCAGAGGAGCGGCGAAGACUGUGGCAUUCAGCCAGUGAACCCAAGUUGGAAAGGGGCUGGAAACUCAUCAUACUUCCGCUUUAUGGGCUGGUCGACUGGUUCUGGCUGCAGUUCAGCACAGAGGACGUACCUGGACCAGGUUCAGCCAUCUCUCUUGACAACAUCUCUUUCAGUAUGGACUGCUUCCUGGCAUCCAACGGCGAGUUUCCACCCGUGGUGACGACCACAACCAGACUGCCGUUUAGACCAACUGUCAAGACUACAGCUACAUCCAUUGGAAGCCCUUUGAUAAAUUUCAUCACCACAGAUUACUCCAUAAAAUGGAGUUUUCAUACAUGCGGCGCUUUGGGCGCAGAAGGCCCAACGCCCACUCAGUGCCUCAACUUCUACAGGAACAGCAAUGUCAACGUGACAGUGGGCACCCGAGGGCCCUUCAAAGGCAUUCAAAUGUGGCGGGUCCCGGAAACCGGCACCUACCGGAUCACAGCCUACGGUGCAGCUGGCGGUCGCAGUGUAUUGGCCAUGAGCCGGUCACAUGGUGUCUACAUCACGGGAGACUUUCUGCUGAGGAGAGGCGAGCUGCUUUACAUCCUGGUGGGACAACAGGGAGAAGACGCAUGUCCCAACUCCAACGGCCUACUGAAUAAGAUCUGCGUGGAGCAGAGCAGCCCAAUGGUGAACAAGACUCAAGUGAAAGGCGGCGGAGGAGGGGGCGGCGGGGCGACAUACGUAUACAAGGUGAACAAAGACGUGUACUACCCCCUCAUCAUUGCUGCUGGGGGAGGAGGCCGCGGCUACAGCAGCCAAUCAGAAACCCAGCUGGAGCAGAUGGACUAUGACCCCAACCAGCCGGGACGCAACGGGAAGUCCAGCGCAGCAGGUGGAGGCGGCGGUUGGAAUGAUAGUGCUCCUGUCAGUCAGGGCGGCAGACCACUGGUGCUGGGGGGCCAGGGAGGGCAGGCAUGUCAAAAGUUCUGGCAGACCAGUGGCGGCUUCGGUGGCGGCGGGGGCGGCUGUAUGUCCGGUGGGGGCGGCGGAGGCUACAGAGGUGGCAACACGUCCACAGAUAACAACCCCAAAAAUGAUGGUGAUGAUGGCACGUCCUUCCUUGGCCCAGAAGGAGACCCCUUCCUCUAUCCUCUAAAAGCUAUGGAGGGGGACGGUGAGGUGAUCAUCAGUCCUGUGCAGAACUGCAGCCACUGUGAGAGCGGUGAAUGCCACGAGAGCGGGAACAGCGUUGCCUGCUACUGUCUCGAUGACCUCAUCCUGGCCCCAGACGGAGUGUCCUGCAUCAACGCCACAGUGGUGUCCCUGCAGCCCCCCCAGCCAUCUCUCUCCCACCUGGCACUGGGUCUGUCUGUCGGCACCUCCGCCCUCAUCGCUGCCCUGCUGCUGGCUGUGUCCGGAGUCAUGAUAAUGUAUAGGCGCAAACACACAGAGCUGCAGUCCAUCCAGCUGGAGCUGCAGAGUCCGGACUGCAAGCUCAGUAAACUGCGGGCCUCCACCAUCAUGACCGACUACAACCCCAACUACUGCUUCGCCGGCAAAACGGCUUCGGUCAGCGACCUGAAGGAAGUGCCGCGACGAAACAUCUCCCUCACCAGGGGGCUGGGCCACGGUGCUUUUGGUGAGGUGUACGAAGGGCUGGCAGUGGGGAUACCAGGGGAACCAAGUCCACUGCAAGUGGCAGUAAAGACCCUCCCUGAGGUUUGCUCUGAGCAAGAUGAAUUGGACUUCCUCAUGGAGGCUCUGAUCAUCAGUAAGUUCAGCCACCAGAACAUCGUGCGCUGUAUCGGAGUGAGUCUGCAGGCCAUGCCCAGGUUCAUCCUGCUGGAGCUGAUGACAGGAGGAGACCUCAAGUCUUUCCUGAGGGAGACCAGACCGCGACUGGAGCACCCGUCCAGCCUGACCAUGGUGGACCUUCUCAACGUGGCCAGAGACAUCGCUAAGGGCUGCCAGUAUCUGGAGGAAAACCAGUUUAUACACAGGGACAUUGCAGCACGGAACUGCCUCCUGACCUGUAAAGGUGCCGGCCGCACGGCCAAGAUCGGAGACUUUGGGAUGGCUCGAGACAUUUACAGGGCGAGCUAUUACAGGAAGGGUGGGCGUGCCAUGCUGCCAGUGAAAUGGAUGCCACCUGAAGCCUUCAUGGAGGGCAUCUUCACAUCUAAAACAGACACAUGGUCAUUUGGGGUUCUGCUAUGGGAGAUCUUCUCGUUGGGCUACAUGCCAUAUCCAAGUCGCAGUAACCAGGAAGUGCUGGAGUUUGUCACCAAUGGAGGAAGAAUGGACCCUCCUAAGAACUGCCCUGGGCCCGUGUAUCGUAUCAUGACGCAGAGUUGGCAGCACCAGCCUGAAGACAGGCCCAACUUCUCAACCAUCCUGGAGAGAAUCGACUACUGCCUACAGGACCCCGAUGUGGUGACCAUGCCCCUGCCUAUAGAGUAUGGACCCGUCCCUGAGGAGGAGGAGCGCGCACCAAUGCGCCCUGAUGACCCCUCAGCUCCAACCGUGCUGGUCAAUGCCCAGGUGCCUGAUGGGGAGGCCCCACCGCCGCCACCAUCCUAUCCCACAGAGGAGAACCGCAGAGGAGGAGAACACACGGUUGUGACGAGCACAGCAUCGGAGGCCAAAGCACAGACGGCAGCGCAGCCCCAGCCAUACCUUCACCAGCACCCUCACACACAGACCUCCAUGACUAUGACAACCACCACCGCCACAGCCAGCUCUACUCUCACAGCUAAGGGACCUCAUGUCACUACCCAGCCGAUCCUCGAGGGGGGCCACAUCAACCUGGCAUUCACCCAGGGCCACCUGCAGGAGAAGGACGGACACAACGGGAAGAACACCAGUCUCUGGAACCCCACGUAUGGCUCGUGGUUCCUGCAGCAGCAGCAGAGGAAGCAGCAGCAGCAGCAGCAGCAGCAGAGACAGGGAGGGGUGGGGGGGACUGGAGGCAGUGGUGGCAGGGUGCCUGGCGAGGGACAGGAGCAUGUGGGCCGGACGGUGGCUGAGGUGGCAGGGGCGCUGGGUCUCCAGCACCAGCACAAGCAGUUCCAACACCAACUCCAGCUACUACACCAUCAGCAGCAGCAGCAGGGUCUCUGUAGACCUCUGCUGCCCCCACCCCCACCUCCUGCUGCCCAGUCCCCGCUGCUUUUAGAUUCAGCCGCCUUGCCCCCAGUCCCCCUCUACAGACUGAGGAGAUUCCCCUGUGGGAACAUCGGCUACGGCUACCAGGAACAGGGCCUGCCUCUGGAGGCCGCCCACGGCAACCCCCCUCCUCCACCCCCUCCCUCCCAACAGGGCACCUCCAUGUCCUCCUCAGCAGCUCACCAGAGGGGGGCCUCUGUUGCCUCUUCGGUGUCCCUGGGUCAGCCAGGUAUGUCCGAGGACAGCCGUCCACUGCUAGUCACCAUGGGGACAGUGCAGGACCCCAGGCUGCCCAGGAUGGAGGGCCACAACGCCACCGUGCUUUAGCCCACAUGCCUGUACUGCUGGUCUUUAAUCAGACAAAGGCUGUGUGUCCAGGACCCACAGCAACAAGCACUGUGUCAGGACAGAGAUUGUUUUACACCCCCCCGGCCGUCCCACCGUUUUGGUUUCUUCCUCCAGUUCACAAAGAAGCCAUCUAGCUGAAACACUGGAUGAGGCUUUUCCUCUGGAGGUGUGUUCAAAUCCCCAAUGGAUGCUAAAGCACAUCAGACAACUAAACCCUUAGGAGGCCAAAUUAAGAGUAAAGACAAGUUAAAAAAAAAGUAUUUUUUCAUUGCUGGAAGGAUUAUGACUGAGUGAGAGUCCUUAGAAUCAAAAGAGGAGUUUAUGGCACAGGAAGACGAGGGGACAACUUGUGGACAAGGUGCGUUCAUUGACAGCGGAGGAUUCAGAUCUCUAUUUUGCCAGACUCGAGUCAGUUGUACUGCAGAGCCCUCACACCGCUCCGUCGCCACAUCCUUUUGGAAAACAACAGCGUGGUCAAUAACUUGUACAUGACUAUUUUUCAUGAAUAUCACUGAACAGGAGACUGGAUUACCGGACACAUUUAUACAAAAAAAAAAAGAUACUGGAAUAAAUGUUUGUUGAUGUUUGCUUGCCUGCUUGUUUAUUUAUUCAUUUGUUUAUUUAUUAUUUGGAAGUGGCUCUAUAAAUUAUUAUUAAACAUGUUCAUCUUACAACAGCUGGUUUACACUUAAGGGUUUAGUUUGGGGGUUUUUAUGUGCAGGAACUGAUUUUUAGUAAUCAACAAAAAGACGAUUGAACAAUCCCAUGAAUGGAUGUUAGAACAGUCAUACAGGAAAUGAGCGGAGGGAUAAAUAAAGCACAGGGACAUAAUUUGACAAAAUGUAUUAAAGACAUGCUGUCCUCAGCAACAUGUUCAGCUUUUUGUUGUUGCUGAAGAUUUGAGUUAUCUCAUUGCUCCGUGGACCUUCCUUUGUUAACAACUCCACUCUGCUCAAAGACCUUUGAGACAGUGAAGUGGAGGCUUUACUUUACUUAUGGCUUUUCAGUAACAAUUAAUCAAUUUAUACCUUUAAGAAAAAACAGUGAAUCAGUCUUAACCUUCACAUUUCUAUCUGGAAGCACUCUACAUCCUUACAUUUACAUAUUUUAAUCUUUUCUAUAGUAGAGUGAGUGUUGUGGAAUACAAAUGUGAAUGAAACCUGUUACUCGUUUGCAAACACAAGAUGAUCACUUGUCUGUUUAAAUCUGCCUCCCUCAGUUAGAGGACAGUUACUAGAUGAUGUCACGAGUAUGGCGGUGGAGACGACAAUGUGUGUCACUAAUUUUUUUUUUUAAUGCUUUUGCUUGACUGUACCUGCCGAUCCUGUCUGUGGGCUGUCUGAUGAGCUGUCAUGUUCGUCUCCUGACGCUCAGCGACUGGCUGAGACCUACGCGUCGCUGUGGGCAGAGACGAUGAGCAGGUGAAAAAUCAGCUGAUGAAAAGUAUUUUGGUUUGUCUACAGUUUCUGUGUUCCCAUCACCGCUCAUCUCCAUCGUGUGAUAAAAGACAAACUGAAGUGCACCUGUAAAUGUUGUAAUUAUAAAGUAUUGUACUAUGGCUCUGCUAAAGCUGUACAUUGCCCUUCAGAAGAGAUUCACCAAAAUUAAUAAAUAACUAUAUAAUAAUUGUGUCGCA